UUUCCGUAGCACAGACAUAAUGAGAAAAGAAAGCUGCUUGUUUAAUUAGUCGGUGUAGCAUGUCGUUCAAAAAAACCUCGUUUCGUCAACAUGAGAUGAAGACGCAUGUAAUUGUUAGCUCUUUUGUUUCGGGCGCAUACGUGUCACUGUCACAGCAUUUAGGCAGCCAUUAAUCCAUGUGCGAAUCUAAAGCAUGAGCAGGAAAGAUUAUGGCGUACGAACUUUCCUGACGUGAAGAUUUCCUUCCAUUUUGGAUUCGGAGUCAAAGCAAACCGAAACCUGAAACCUACCACCACACAAACGCAAAUUUUGAAAACAACGACUAAACAUCAAUAAACACUCUUGCGAUCUUAUUUCACGACGUCAUCCCCGAUGUCAUUUUGAUGUCGUUUACGGUAUCCGGGUAGACCAGGGCCCCUGCUCAGACCAGGGCCCCCAGGACCAGGGCCCCCAGGACCAGGGCCCCCAGGACCAGGGCCCCUACGGACUGGGGCCCCUACGGACUGAACGGCGUCCCGGAAUCUGGUACACGGCGAGGCGCGGCCGGAACCGGAGCUGUCUACCAGCGUAUCUGGGCCACCAAGUACGCAUGUCAUGACAUGUAGGUCCUAGCAUCGGGCCAGGAGGUACGCCAAGUAGCGACAGCUGCCGCCGAGUCAUGAAAUGAAAAAUAAAGAAGCACAGUCAGACGCCACGACCGACGGGCGCCGUUUGUAUUCGAAAUGUUUCCCAGCAAAAGCACUUCUUGAGUGGACAGGGAUGCAGCUCAAAGUGCUAACGAGAGACAUCUCAAAUUGUCACUAUGAAAGUCGAGCUGUGCUUUUUUUGUACGUAGAGCGACGCCCCAACUCUUCCAGAUCCAGACGCCGGCGCACCAGAUUCCGGGACGCCAGAUUCUGAGACACGACUGGGGCCCUGGUCUACACCUUUACCGUCGUUUACAAAAACUUCGACGCUUCAUUCAUUUCAUAGCUUUUUCCGUUUCGU